CAUUUUGCAGAGACAUCUGAGAAUCUGUGAAGAAGCGUCCUUCGUGUCACUGUUGGGGGAGUAGUCAUCCUCAUUGUGCUGCACAAUAACAAUGAGCAACAAGACCAAUCCAAUGAGUUUGCGCAAGUGCGGGCAGCUAAGUUUGUUUGAAGCUGAGGACCGGUCUGCUCUUGCAUGUAGGUAGAGCACUUUGAACGCAUUGACUGCAAUGGAGUUUAGUAUCAGGCUUGUACAUAGUCCUACGUCCUUUGUUUCUCUUCCUCCAGUGGUUCUGCAGGGCCUGUUUGGAAAGAGGCCGCCCCCGCUGCCCCUAAUCCUUGAAGUAACUAGUUUGGAGGCACAGGGCCACGUACACCCUUUCAGUGGGGUCAACUAUGGUGAGCGGGGAGGGGGGAAAAAGUGGCACGUUGCUUGGGCUGGAGCAGCGUCCAGCGGCAAUGAACUGGAGGUUCCCAGCAGCCUGGCCCGCUGCUUGGGGCUCACUGCGGGCCUCAAAGUUGGAGUCCGAGCUCGAAGAGAUGUUGCGGACGGUGAAAUGAUUAUGGUAGAGCCAGCGGACGAAGACGACUGGGAGAUACUGGAGCUCAACAAGGACUACAUCGAGGAGCAGCUGCUCAGCCAGGUCGGCGUCCUCGCGUCUGGCCAGGAGUUCCCCAUCUGGAUUCGCAACACCAUCCAGCUCCGUCUGCGCGUCACAUCCACAUCGCCCGCCCCCCUGGUGCGCUUGGUCCAGGGGACAGAGCUAGCAGUUGCCCCAAAACAGCGCAAGUCAAACCUGAAAGCACCCCCCCCGGAGGGGGCCCAUAUCCCUCAGCCUUCCAAUUCCAUCAAGCCGGCCUGGCUCCGGGUGCAGGUGCUAGACCCUCAGCUGGUGAAAGAGUUGAAGUUUGGAAAGUUGCUGUGUUCGCUUCAACCGACGGCCACCGUGUUCAUCUCCCCCACCACCGCAAAGCUCACCGGAUUCGAGGAAGGGCUCCUUGUAAAACUGUGUUUGAGGAACAAACACGCUACAUCCGACAAUGUAGAGGGGCUCAAUCACGGAGUGUCAAACGAGGGGACAGAGAGCGGGCCAGCAAAGACCCUUCAUGAGGCGUUCUUUGGGAAUGGGGGUCACAGGGGAGGGGGCCACGAUGUGGGGGGUCGGGCACCCGCUGCUCCGGCAUCGGAGGUGGUCGUGCGCGUGCGAUUGGAUGAGCGGGUGGCGAGGGGCCAUGUGAUGAUUGCUGCGCCGCUGCUGGCGCAGCUCGGGUUGGAGCCCUUUGCUCGUGCCAAGCUGGUCCCCUGUGCCUCUCCGGAUAAGCCUCCUUCCGUUCGGCUCAGGCUGCACCCCCUCGUCCGGGCACGCCACAAGACCAGCCGAAACAAGCGGCCCUGGGAGCAGGAGGGAGCGAACCAAGAGAAAGAGGCCGACCCACAAGGCCAGGACGUCGCACCCCCUCCCGCCAUCGGACGCGCCCACCGCUCCCUCUUCGACCUGGCCGCUGCGUUGGACAAAUCGGGUGCUGAGUCAGCCGACCCGGCCUCAGAGCAUGGGGUCAGCCAGACCGGCCGCCUGAACGGGACGCAUGCUAGCCCCACGGGGGGGGCGGCGUUUCUCGACGUGGCAGUUCAGAAGAUUGUCGCGAGUUGGAUCGCGGCACAGGUCGAUGGGACUCAGUUGGGAACUCCGAGCAAAUCAGUAGAGCGCAAAAGCGGGACGCCACCUGUUUGUGUUCCAGGGGCGCCGAUACAGAGCGGGACUGUUCUCCAGUUCGAUGUCCACAGCAGGCGGGGUGGGGACAGAAAGCCGAGCGAGGCCCUGUUUUUGGCCGAGUUGGUGAGUUCGCCCCCGCACGGAGGGCAGGGAGCGAACCACGGCGCAGGAAACAGAGCCCACGGGUCGCCGACGAGCCCUUAUCAGCGAAGCGGCGGGGGGAUCUAUUCCGGCCCUGUUUUGCCCCCCAUGAUGCCAAAACUUCCAGCCCCUACAAGCCCAAGCUUGCCAGAAGACCACAGUUCCGAGCAUGCGCCGUCGUUUCUCCUCGUAGACAACGAGUUGCACAUUGGGAGUGCACCCGCUAUGCAGGCCUCUGACCACAACGGCGCUCAUCUAGGGCGGAAAACAUUGGCGGUCGAGCUGGGAGCCCCUCUCUGGUGGGAAAGGCAAAGCGACGCGUCGAGCGAAGCGGGCUUAGAGGGAGCCUCUUUAGAGAGCAUGGAGUGGCUGCGCGGCACGGCCGACACCAUUUUGAGCCGCUUGAAGCCGUGCUUGUCGUCUGAAUUGCGGCAGGAGCUAAAGCGGCUGGGUACGCCGUUUCCGGGGGCCGUUCUCCUACAUGGGUCGCAGGCCAGUGGGCGAAGCCGCCUGGCACUUGCCAUCGCUCACGCCCUGGCGGGGGAUCCCUCCAUUUUGGCCAAGCCUGUGGUGAUUCGCUGCGGCCAGCUGGCGGGCGGGAACGGCGCCCACAAACCUCACGAGGUCCGAGCAGAGAUUGAAAGGCGCAUUUCGGACGCGGUCCAGUGCGCACCGGCGCUGGUCAUUCUGGACGAUCUGAACUCCGUAGCGGGCUCGCACGAGGGGCCGGAGAUGGGGGACGCGGCAGAAGGGGCGCGGGCGCUUGCCGAAGGUUUGGCGGACAUCUUGGACAACUGCCAAGGUGACGGCGACCGGCAGCCGAUUGCGGUUGCCUUCCUCGCCAUCGCCAAGUCCGCUCAGGCUCUCGCAAAGCCGCUGCUCGCGUCGGGCCGCUUCGACUUCCACGUCGAGAUUCCCACCCCUGCGCCCGGGGAUCGUGCAGCCAUGCUGACGUCAGCGGUUGCGGCGAAGGGCUUGCAGCUUGCGCCAGGUGUCGCUCGAGAGGCCGCUCAGCAUUUGGACGGCUACGAUGCGACAGAUGUUGAGGUUUUCGUUGAUCGAGCCACCCAUGCUGCGGCCGCACGAUACCUGGGAGGCCCCGUAGGGCGGGGUGUGGGCACGGGGGGCCAGGCGGAAGUUGCGGGGGAUGGUUCCGCAGGGCCUUCGACGGCUGCCGUGAGGUGGGACACUCCGGGCCGAGAAGAUGCGGCAACAGGCGCUUUUCGGAAUGACGAUGCGUCUCCUGGAAACGGCAAAUUGGAGAAAAUGGAAGAAGCAUCUGAGGCAGGCAGACACGAAGUCCAUACUCCGAAGCAAGCGGACCUUCCCGGGGGAGUGCCGAGCGGUUUCGAGCUGUCGGAAGAGGACCUUACGGAAGCGCGGGACGGGUUUGUGCCGGCGGCCAUGCGCGGCGUUGCAGUUGGGGGCGCGGACGGUGCGCCCAAGCAGGGGUGGGAUUCCGUCGGGGGUUUAUCGGAAGUCCGGCAAGCGCUACAAGAAACGCUGGAGCUACCGGCCAAGUUUCCGGCCCUUUUUGCGUCAGCGCCGCUGCGGCUGCGGUCGGGGGUGCUGCUGUACGGCCCCCCGGGGUGUGGAAAGACGCACAUCGUGGGCGCGGCGGCGGCCGCGUGCGGGCUGCGGUUUGUCGGGGUGAAGGGCCCCGAGCUGCUGAACAAGUACAUCGGGGCCAGCGAGCAGUCGGUCCGCGACGUGUUCAAGCGCGCCUCCUCCGCCGCGCCGUGCAUCCUCUUCUUCGACGAGUUCGAUGCGAUCGCGCCCAAGCGCGGCCACGACAACACCGGGGUGACCGACCGGGUGGUCAACCAACUGCUGACUGAGCUGGACGGCGUGGAGGGACUGACCGGGGUGUUUGUGCUUGCGGCGACCAGUCGGCCCGACAUGAUCGACGCCGCGCUGCUGCGCCCGGGGCGACUCGACAAGCUGCUGCUCUGCGACUUCCCGAACGAGUUUGAGCGGCGGGACGUCCUCGGGGUGCUCGCCAAGCAGCUGCCUCUGGCCGCUGACGUGGACCUGGCCGAGAUCGCGCGCCUCACGGACGGGUUCAGCGGAGCGGACCUGCAGGCCGUCCUGAGCGACGCGCAGCUGUCCGCCGUGCACCGCUUCCUGGACGCAACCCCUCCGAAAACAGGGCCUCCCACCCAGGGCUCGCCCGAGAUCAGCAUGGAGCAGCUCAAGGCAGCGGCUUUGUCUGCGCGCCCGUCGGUGCCGGCAGCGGAGCGCAUGAGGCUGAACGACAUCUACGACUCGUUCGUGGGCGCCAGGAGCGCCAAAGGGAGCACGACGAGCGGUGACAGCAAGGGCAAGGGGAAGAGGGCCACUUUAGCCUGACACCAGAUUGACCUCGCACCUAGCUGCGGGUUCUUUAGUGAUAGAUCUCGUGAAGAACCCUUGAGUUGUGCGCCAACAUCAUCUACUUAUGCAUGAGCCAGCACUAUGCCAAGUCUCG